AUGGCUGGGAAACCGAAAGCAGACCCCUCGCGGUUAAAAAACAAUUUAGAACGCUCGAUAGAGGCGCAUCGCCUUCGAUUGCAAAAGGCAAGAGGUCUAAAUACAGCGAAAACAGGGAGGCUUUGUGAGUGCAAAAAUUGCGAUGUGACUAGCGUGAAACCAUCAAUAGUGUGCACAAAGUAUGGUACUAGGAAGCUUGAGGAUGAAACGGUGAAAGUAAAUGUGCCUGCUAGCGUCAAACUGCCUACAAACAUUCCAACAGCAUCCACCAGACUGCUUCGACGUAAGCAGUCUGGAUCCGGGGGAAAAAACGAUAAAAAAGUAGGAAAGGGUAGGCUAGAUAAUAACGUUGAACUAAAUGGGCCAACUGUGGAUGUCAGUGAUGAGGAAAUCCGUUCCGCCAUAUCCCACAAUGCCAAAAAUGAAGAGCAUAACGAACGUGAUGAGUCGAAUCUGCUGGGAACCGUCGUCGGUAGUGAGUGUGAUUCAAGUUCCAAAGUGGACGACGGGAAGCAAAUGCCUGAACAACGUACGUUAAGCGGCAGCUCUUGUGAGCUACCCUCCGGGUCACCAUCUGAAGAGGCACAGGAGAAUACGAAAGAUGUUCCGGAUAUAGAUCUCAACAAGGUAAUACGUCGGUUAGAAAGCAUUAGGAUUGUAGACUCAGCAGGAGAUGAACACCGUAUAAAUACGGCCAGUAUUGAGACUAAGAUUUUGGACAUUGUGAACGAAAUAGUGCGCAAGAAAUUGAGUGCAAAUGAAAACGUCGAGACGACGCUCGAAUCUCAAAAUUUGAUACAUAAAACCGAUAAAGAACUCAUUCAGAAACAGGAGAAAACGCUCCCAGUCUCAAGCGUUAACGAUGUUAAACAAAUGGGUAGUGCACAACCAACGCAAAAUGCUGGAAUCAACAACUCUGAAACAUCAGGGCCUGAUCUUAUUAAUAAAUAUAAGAGUGUGAUUGAUGUGUUGUUGAAUUAUGUUUCUUGCGGUGCGCCGGCGAGGCGGGAUAUGAACCCUGGUACGGGAGAAAUAGGCAUUGCGUCCGGAGAUGUGAAAUCUGUCCAACAUGCUGCAGAUGCAGCGCACGUGUCGUCAGUGUCGCAAUUUAAAAUGGGAAACCAAGGGCAUGUGGCAAACAAUUUCGACUUGCCUGCCACCGGCAAGCGGUCCAACAUCUGGUGCAGGGGUAUUGGAUCGCAGGGCACACAGUCAGUAAAUAAUGGUUAUACAGGUGGUUUGGUAUCCAACUCUAUACAUGGCAAUCAAUUCGACUUGACCAGAAGUAUGGCACUGGCCAAAGAGGUUAGGCAUGUGUCGGCUCGCAGAAUGCUAAGUACCCCAAUGGGACAGAUGCCGCAUCCCUCGCAAAUUAACGGAGGGUAUUGUCAUCCGCUGAAAUACACCAACAACAGUCAUGUGUACACCCCGCAUAUGAAUUGCUAUGUUGAUAGUCGCUACCAGGGACCAUGGGACAUUCACACAUUAACCAAAAAAAACAGUUCUAGGCAGGUCACAUCGUCAUCGAGGCGACACCACCUACUCCGCCGCAACCGCACAGAUGUGACCGCAGUGCCGCCAGUUGGGUGUAAAUCUGAUUUUGAUAUCCACAAAACAAGCGCUAAUGAACAUUAUAUGCAGAGCUUAGCACCUCGCAUAAGGAACACCGUCAAAGCCACCGGAGCAGCGCCGGUCGGCAUUCUGAAUUCACCAUUUCGUGUGAUUCAAAGACAGUCCACUGGGUCUUUAUACAGCCGAAACACCGGGCGCGCUUAUGGCCAUCAAGUGCAGGCCGCUAUGAUGUGA